AUGCCCAGUUAUGAGUUAUGUCUGCUGUUCAAAGUCUUGCCGAGGCCUGAAAUAACACAAUGUCUAAAACGAACAGCCAGUAAAAUCUUUGAAACCGGUGGUUUUAUACGGCGUAUUGACAACCUAGGAACAGCAGAUACCCCUUGGAAGAUAAGUUCACAUGAUGCAAUACACAAACAAGCUAGCUAUUUUAUUGUUGAGUUUGAUGUACCCAGUUCAGCUUUGGAUCCAUUCAAUAACUAUUUAUCAAGAGACAUUGACAUAAUCAAACGUACAAUAUUCAAAGUUCCCGAAAAUAUACCUCAACCAGCUUGCACACUCCAUGAAGAGCUCAAACCACCAGCAUACAGGUCUGAGGUUAAAGAGAUGAUUGCAAUUGGAAAGCGUAAACGUGAAAAAGAAGCAAGGAAGAAAGUACAAUUCAACACUGGUUUAGAUUACAUGCCGUUCCAAAGAUAG